AUGAAGCAAAACAAAGCUUUACUUCCAGCAGUUCAAUCGAGCGUUCACUCAGUUCCAACAAGGGGCAAGAAAGAGCGAAUGAAGUAUGUGUACACAACAGAUGAUGACGAUGAUGAUAAUAUGGAAACUUUUAAACGAGAGGGCGGUUCGACGCGUUCGAGCUUUGUUGCAAGUGGAACUAAAAAAACUCAGAGAAAAGUAGUAAGGAAAAGGAAAACCGUACCAUACCAGAAACGUCAAACAAAUGCAGCAGCGGGAAAAGCAAAGAAAUCGAAAACCAGUGAUUUUUCUUUUACAACAGAGCAACGCCAAAAAAUUGCAUCGGCUAUUUAUAAUCGUCGUCCACAUCGUCAUAACCAAAAUAAGGAAACAGCAAAGCAUUGUGAGGGACCUCAUUGCACGAAUUCUACGCGUUCGCAGUCAAAAUUCUGUUGUGAGGAAUGCGGGAUGAAUUUGGCACGUGAUCGCUUGCGUGCUAUCUUACCGGACCGUGUUAAGUCAUAUUGGGACAAUAUGUCUUAUUCCAUGGAACAGUCGCAGCAUUUACUAGAUGCAGCUGAGGAGCAAAUUCAGUUUUUUACGAAUAAAGUGCGCACAUUCGCAGAUUUUCAGGACGAGCUGCGAAAAUGGAUUUCGACAGUUGAUAAGAUCGAGCCUAAAAAUGAAGCAGCCGUAAAUAACUCGCUGGACAUGGAUUUCGUCCUGCAUUGUGCUGUAUGCGCCUUGGAAUUUCCAGCAAAACUCAUUGUGAAACAUAUGGAGCGAUGCUUCGUCCGCAAUGAAAAACAGAGUUGCUAUGGUACAACGAACAAGUCACAAGUCAAUCCGUACAAUAUUUUUUGCGAGCAGUUCAAUAAGGCCAAUCAUACGUUUUGCAAACGUCUUCGUGUGUUAUGUAGUGAACACUACAAAUGUACGGAUGAUGUUACAAAGAUCUGUGGGUAUCCUUUUGCAUGGAGCAAGAGUGAAUUUCGACCUGUCAUUAAAACGUUUGAUGACAUGCAAACACUGCUUCAGGAAGGCUUUUGUCAUUCCCCGCGAAAGAACUGCCUUCAGCAUCAUAACUGGAUUCAGAAUGCAAUGGGUUUGAUUGACGUUGAGUUGCUGAAUCUUCUGAUUAAACUUGACGAGUGGUUCGAGAAAAAACGAAUACUUCAAGUCUCAGAAACCAUGCGUGGUGAUGUGCUUUCACUUUUCUGCAAUAAAACAGUUCGUUGCAAUGCAUUAUUGAAUAAUAGUUCCAUUCCGGCCUGUGCUUCGGAUAAUUCCGAUCCCGCUGAUGACGGGCAAUGCCAGAACACAGAACAGUCUAUGAAUGCAACUAUGCUACAUACGGAGAGGGCAGGUUACGUUGGUUGCAGUGAUAUUUGCGAAGAUAGUAUUAAUAAGCAGGUACACUUUAAAAGUAAUGGAUGCAAAACGAACGUUUGGUAA